AUGUCCAUAUGUGGGUUCUCGUCAUGGCCUUCUUCCAUAAUCACUAUUAAUGUACUAGCAGCGGCAUCCCUCCACUCAACUGGGCGCUCACUCCUUAAAGCAUGCGCUCAAGGAUCGCUCUCCAGUGUGAAAGCCUACGCUCCACAGCUGUACAACAACGCAGGCAUCGACAAAAGGGCCAUCCCGCCCCUGAGCCUUGCUAUAGCAACCGCCGCCGAGAACGGCCAUUCCAAUAUUCUCCGCUACGUUUUCACUAAUAUCCCGCAGUGCCAACAAUCGGUCCAUGGGCCGUGGAAUCCGAAGAAUGAUAUCCAAGCACAUGAGCUUCCCGAAGAAUGGGGGUCAGCCGCGCUCCCAGACCUCGUCGUCCUGCGCACGAUAAAGGGAUCUAAACCAGCUGUCUUCCAGACACUCAUGGACUUCGGUCUGUGCGUCCACCAUCCAAUGGACAAAAUUGGGUCUCCUCUCACAGUCGCAAUUCAGCGACAAGAUGUAGAGAUGGUACGGUUCCUGCUAAGCAAGGGUGCUGACGCGAACGAUCAGUACUGGAUCCCCAACGAGACUGUCCUGGCGCGCGCUGCAUCACUUCCUUCGUUGGAAAUCAUGACCCUCCUCCUCGAAUAUGGUGCAAACGUCCAGACUUCACAGGCCCUCAUGGGUUCCGCGGAGAGCGGCCGCAUCGAUACCGCCACCAUACUGCUCGAACACGGUGCCGACGUCAACGAGGUCUUCCGACAUAACCUGUGGGAUGAUGACGCCACGAGAGACACGGUUGGUACAGCGCUGCAUGUUGCAGUCCAGCACGACCAAGGAGACUUUGUCCGAUUUUUAUUGCAGCGAGGUGCGCGAACGGAUCUGGCAGACGGAGAAGGGUUCACUCCUUGUCAACUUGCCCAGGCGCAGGAGAAGGCAGAGAUGGUAAAAUUAUUUUGA